AGCCAGGCACCCCCACGCUCUGUGGCCGUGGCCGGGGCUGCCCCCGCCCGCGUGCGCGACGUGCGGCGGGGGGAGCAGCUCCGCGCGCUGGGCUGCGGGGUCAGCCGCCUGAUGUCACAAUCCGGCGGAGGCGGCUCCCGCUCCCUCCUCCCCCCGCCGGCGCCCGAGCUUCCGUUUGGUUACCUAGGAGAAGGUACACACUGCCGCGCGGCGGAAAGCUGCCUGGUCCGGCGCGGCCCUGCUCGGCCCGGGAGGCAGCGUGAGGGGGUUCGCGCCCCGCGCCGGUAGCCCAGGUCGAGAGCGCCAGGGGCCCCCGCAGCCCCGUUCAUUGACUCGGGAGCUUCACCGCCACCCGGAGCCAUGAGCCAGAGGCAGGUCUUACAAGUUUUCGAGCAGUAUCAAAAAGCCCGAACUCAGUUUGUUCAAACGGUUGCUGAACUUGCUACCCGGUCCCAGAAUCUCGAGACGCUCCAGAACGCAGGUGUAAUGUCUUUGCUGAGGCCUCUUCUAUUGGACGUGGUCCCAACUAUUCAACAGACUGCUGCUUUGGCUCUUGGGAGACUUGCCAAUUAUAACGAUGACCUGGCAGAGGCGGUUGUUAAGGGAGACAUUCUUCCACAGCUUGUAUAUUCACUGGCUGAACAGAAUCGUUUCUACAAGAAAGCAGCUGCAUUUGUGUUAAGAGCGGUUGGUAAACAUUCUCCUCAGCUAGCCCAAGCAAUAGUUGAUUGUGGAGCACUGGAUACACUUGUGAUUUGCUUGGAAGAUUUUGACCCUGGAGUAAAGGAAGCUGCAGCCUGGGCACUUGGGUAUAUUGCCAGACAUAAUUCAGAACUGUCACAAGCUGUGGUGGAUGCAGGAGCUGUUCCUCUUUUAGUACUCUGUAUCCAGGAGCCAGAAAUUGCUUUGAAAAGGAUUGCUGCCUCAGCCCUCAGUGAUAUUUCAAAGCAUUCUCCAGAGUUAGCCCAGACAGUAGUGGAUGCGGGGGCUAUUGCUCACUUAGCUCAGAUGAUCCUGAACCCUGAUGCUAAACUGAAGCGUCAGGUGCUUUCAGCUCUCAGCCAAAUAGCAAAGCAUUCUGUGGAUCUUGCAGAAAUGGGGGUUGAAGCAGAAAUUUUCCCAGUUGUACUCACAUGCCUGAAGGACUCAGAUGAAUAUGUCAAGAAAAAUGCUGCAACUUUAAUUAGAGAGAUAGCAAAGCACACGCCUGAGCUUUCACAGCUUAUAGUCAAUACAGGAGGAGUUGCUGCUGUGAUUGAUUGCAUUGGCAACUGCAAAGGAAACAUCAGGCUGCCCGGCAUCAUGAUGCUUGGUUACGUAGCAGCUCAUUCUGAGAACCUGGCAAUGGCAGUGAUCAUCUCCAAGGGGGUGCCACAGCUGUCUAUCUGCUUGUCAGAGGAACGAGAAGAUCAUAUUAAGGCAGCGGCUGCUUGGGCCUUGGGACAGAUUGGAAGACACACUCCAGAGCAUGCACGUGCUGUUGCUGUAACAAAUGUGUUACCAGUGCUGCUUUCCCUGUAUAUGGAAACAGAAAGCUCAGAAGAUCUUCAAGUAAAAACUAAAAAGGCCCUAAAGAACAUCUUGCAGAAAUGCACAUAUCUGCCAGCACUUGAACCCUUGCUGCAUGAUGCACCUCCAAAUAUUCUGAAACACAUAGUUGGGCAGUUCAGUAAGGUGCUGCCGCAUGAUAGCAAAGCACGACGUCUCUUUGUAACAAGUGGUGGACUUAAAAAAGUUCAAGAGAUAAAAGCAGAGCCAGGGUCACUUCUUCAAGAGUACAUCAACACUAUUAACAAUUGUUACCCAGAGGAAAUAGUAAGGUAUUAUUCUCCUGGAUAUUCUGAUGCACUUCUGGAAAAGGUGGAAAAUUAUCAACCAGUUUUAUAAAUGCUUCAGAUUUUCUGUUAAAAUACUCUUUCUCACAUGUGCUUUUAUGAUGGGCAUGAAAAUAUAGUACAGUAUAGCCAAAAACUCUUGCUGAAUUCUGAAAUAUUUAUCUUUCUCCUCUUCUCUGAACUAUUAAUCACCAUUGUUAAUCCUUUUCAGUUUGAAGAAAUAACCUUGACCCUUUCUUGUGCUGUAGUGUUUGUGUAAGCUUACAUUGAGAACAGGGCUUCUCAAAUGUCAGGAGUUCAUGUUUCUCAAAAGUCACUCGUGCUGCAGGCUGCUGAGCACUGCCUGGAUGUACUUGGGAGCCCUCUUCAACUCCCACUGCCCUCAAUGGAAGUUGAGGGACCUCAGUGUCUCCAGCAAGUUAUAUUUUGUUCUGUAUAUUAUUAGUUUCUCAAGUUUUGCUCCUCCUUUUCUGAUUUUUCUGCCUGAUCCUACAAGUAGUUAUUACCCCAUGUUUCACUAGAACUCCAUGUGAGGGCAAGGAUUUGUGAUGGAGAAACUCUUUGUAGAAUCAGUCCUUAUUCUUUAUUUCCUCAAGGAAAGUUAGUGGUUAUCUGACCUGGGCCCAGGCUUUGUCUUUCCCAGUACUGUAACCAUUUCCCUGUUUGUACCUUUAUAUAUACACGUUAGAGUUCCCCAGGUCUGAGAGAAUCCUAACUCUUUUUUUUAUUAUGCAAUCAGUUUUCCUCUGAAACAUUUCCAACCCCUCCCUGAUGGAAAGCAAGAGACUGACUUAUGAGGUACGAUGUUGGUCUCUAGGGGCCGAAGUAGGUGUAAAAUAGAAAAGCGUCAGGGUCUGACAGCGAUAUGAGGAUCAAAUCCUACUUUGGCUGGUGCAGUAUGGUAAACCAAGAAUCCUGGCCAGUGCAUCUUCUGCAGGAGUUCUGCUGCUCAAGGCAAGAUUUCUCAUGAUGGGAAGGGGCAGCACACUUCUCUGCCCCUCUGAUCAAGAACGAAGUGUGAGCACCCAAAUGGAACUUUCUGUAUGUGCAUAGGGGCCAGAUCCUGUAAGGUCAUGUCAGAUUCAGAGCUCUUUCAACUCUGAUUGAAAGUACGCAGCAUCUGGCGGGAAGUACUCAACAGCUCACAGAAUGGGCCCUCAGAAUAAUGCCUGCAAAAUACUGAGCAUCUUCAGUGAAUUGAGGGCACUUUACUCCCAGUGAUUUGAAUAGGACUUGAGGUUGUUCUGCAUUUGUCAGGAGACAAUUGGCACAUUGCAGAAUUGGGUCCAAACAGGUCCAGAGCCUAAAGAGAGUCCCUCAUCCAUAAAUCAUGCCCACACAGGUAUGUUGCAGAUAUUAGCUGUUGGCUUUUUUAGUGCUUGCUGGAGCACUAUGGAGAGAUUUUUCCCUCUUACAUGAUGUAAUAAGACUCUUAAAUUCCUAUUAUCCCUCUUGGGUACCAGUGCAGCACAGGACAGGAUGUAGCCCUGAGUAUUCACUAGCUUACCUGGCAUAGUCAUUUGUCAUUCCCUUUGAACUACUGACCAUUUUUCUCCCUCUAGUAUGUAACAUUUUCUUUCAAAGAAUAAUAAGAAUUUUGUUUCUGCAGUGGAGUGUUGAACUACUCAAUGUGGGGAGAGAAGUUUGAAAACCCUGCAUUAAAGAGAACACUUUUGACAUACAAUAAAAUGUGUCAAAUUAAUUUUUCUACUUUCUUAAAAAAUGUAUUAACUGAGUAAGUUUAUAAAACAGGAAUUAACUGUAUAUAAUAGGAGCAAUGCUUCAGUGUAGUUGGAAAUGAUUUAGAGUGGGUUUCCUUGGCGAAAUUCUGAAUUUCUAUUUUCUUUUAUUCUUGUCAGCAUCAUUUUCAGCAGUUUUACAAAAAUAUUGAUGGGCUAUCUUGACUAAAGGACUAAUUCUACAAAGGGCUGAGUCCCUGCUGUGAGGUGUGAGUACUAUCAGCUUCCAUGCUUUUCAGAGGGAGUAGAGGGUGCACAGCACCUUGCAGUAUCUAGCCCUAAUUGAAGUGGAAUCUGAGAGGCUUCGUGAAUUCUGAUACUGAGUUAUUCAUAGACCAUACCAGGUGGGUUCCUUCCUUAGCAACCAAAAUAUCUAAAGGAAAGUAAACACCAUAUCGUACCCCAUGAAUGAUACAUUGUGUACAUCCCAGGGAUUCUGCACUGGUAAAUUCAGAGCCUAAACCAACCACCUCUAAAUCUUUUUCUAAUUUCUCACAGUAGACCAGAUCAUCCAAGGAGUUGAACUCCAACUGUGAGGACAACUCAGUGUGAAAGGAGGGUGCUUGGUGCCUGUCAGAAGCUGGCCCAAUAUUGGGGAAUUAUUAUUUAAGACAAUUAUACAUUUUAUCCUAGGCCAAUAAAAUCAUUUGGCCUCUAACUGCUGUAGUAAUAAUCCAAGGAUCCUGCUAAAUCCUGCCAUGCUGCUGCAGUCAGGGGAGUGGAGAUGCUAGAGAAUCUUGUGCUGGUUGCCUGCAGUUGAACAGGCUCCUUCACUGGAUUGCACCCCCUCCUCCUGUGGCUGAAGGACUCCCCAGGGACACUGAUGCGGCACGGGGCAGGAUUUAGGUCUUAAUCAGCACUAUCACUUAUUUGCAUUUUCAAAUUUAAGAUCACUAGCUCAAUGACUACUGUUUUUUGCAGUGCUUCAAUAGUUACGUUUUACAGCACUUCAGACCUCUCUCUCUUGGUUUAAAUAAUAUCUAUAUCUAUGUUAAUGUUUACACCAUUACUGUGGCAACUGUCAAGUGUGUAUCUUUUGUCUCAAUUCCAUGUAAUAAAAUAUAGACAUUUGCAUUUG